UUAUCUCAGAGAAACAUCCGGAGAAGAAGCAUGGAGAGAAAUGCAACAGCAGGAUCCUCCUCUCAGAAACAAAGAAGAAGAAAGUUACGCAAUCGUGUCAGCUGUGACCAGUGUGGGAAAUCCUUCUCAAGGUCUGAUAACCUGAAGAAUCAUGAGCGUAUUCACACUAGGGAGAAACCGUACAGCUGUGAGAGCGGCUUGGAGGAGAACAAAGAGACCCCCGGAGCUCAGAAAAUAAAAGGAAGAACAGGACUCAAAAGUCACAGCUGUGACCAAUGUGGGAAAACCUUCACAAGAUCUGGACAUUUAAAGAGACACCUGAGUACUCACACUGGAGAGAAACCGUACAGCUGUGACCAGUGUGGGAAAACCUUUUCUAGAGGUAGUAAUCUUAAAGUCCACGAACACACUCACACUGGAGAAAAACCAUACAGCUGUGACCAAUGUGACAAAGCUUUCACAAGAUCUGAUAAUCUUAAAGUCCACCAGCGCACUCACUCUGCAUCCAUCUGAUCAUCUUCUGAGUCAAGCUAGCAUUUGGAGCCAAACAUUUCAGAGACAUGUUUUGUAUAUAUCUGAGACAUUUAUAUAUUGAUGAAAAACAUUGUAAUAGGGGACCUUUAAAAAAAGAAAAUAAACAUCUUACAGUGUUGAGACAGUUAUAAAACAAAUUGUGAAAUGUAUAAAACAAUGUUUAUUUGUUAUAUAAAAGGGAUAAUUGCAGGUUUAAGAAGGGUAUGAACUUGAUAUGAGAUAUUUGGGGAACAUCUGUGGAUUGUAAAGUGUGCAUGUCAUAUACAUAUAUAGUAUAUUUACUUUUAAUGCCAUUAAUGUUUAAAGAAUAGUGGGGAAUAUUUUUUAAUGUUUUAUCAUAACCAGUUUAUUUAUUGUAUUCUCUGUGUAAGUAAAGAAGGCUGUGAGAUUUGAAAAACUAAAAAAGAGAGUAAGUGAGUCUCAAGUUCAGAAAUAGUUAUUACAAAUAUAUCCUCAUUAUAUUUUCUUACUGUGUGUAAUUUUCACUGAAUAAUCUCUAUUUUACAUUUAUGUCUUUCCCCUUAUAGAGCAUAUCUGUUGUACUGUUUUUAAUACCAGCUACCAUGUUUAAAACACUGUCAGAUCUGUGAAGAGAUAACACAUGAAUAAUAACAAGUGUAAACAUUUGUGAGUCUGUAUCUCAUCUCAGUUCAAUAACAAACUUCUUCAAAUAUUUUUUAUUUAACUUAUUCUCUGUUUUCAUUUCUCAUUUCUGAAUGUGUUUUGAAGUGCUACAUUCCUGCAUGUAGCACUUCAAAUUAUUUGACUAAUGUUAAAUUGAAGUACCUGCAGGAUUAAUCUGGGGGGGGGGGUCGUUUCAGGAGAGGACAUUAAAGUGCUGUUUACACGAGAAUGCAAACGGUUGUAUCCGCUACUUUUCUCUUUCGUAUUGCCCGUUCAUUCACACGAGGCCCUAACGCGGAAACGGACCCGGCAAACGAUAACGGGUCCCAAGGUGGAUAUAUCUGCAAACGGAACGCUCUGGGGGGGCAAACGGCUCUGUGUGUACGCCCUAUACGGUCAUUUCCUGAUAACGAUGAAGCCAUAGCCCCACCUCUGCUGCUCACUGCUGUAGCAUGGUCAGUAGCAGUAGCUACCGCCAGUAGCUACUGCUACUGACCAUGCUACAGAUGUUAGUGCAAAAUCUACAGCUCGACCAUGCUACAGAUGUUAGUGCAACAUCUACAGCUCCUCUACCAAAACCAUCAGCAACAAGUGGACAUGGAGAAAACCAUACCAAAACCAUAGAGGUAGAUGAGGGGAGGAGGGGUUCACACCUCCAUCCUAUUGUUCCUGAAGGUUUCACAUCAAGUCUAAGAGGAGUCGUCGCCGAACAAUUGCUUCACAUUUACAUUUCUAAAUGCAUGCCCAUACAUCUGAGACCCUCAGAUCACACGUCUCUCCCACGUUUUGAUUCAAUUCAAAGGUUUCAGGUGCUUUUUUGGUACUUUCUUUUUGUUUUACUUCAAGUGAUGUUCAAAACACUAAGACACGUUCGGUAUGAGAAGUGACAAGAUACAUUUGUGAUGUUCUUGUUUUGUUUGAAGAAACAUUGUUCUAGUGAAACUCUGAUAUAAUAUUAUCUCAUGUUCAUUAUUUGAUUUUAUUGUGACGGCCGUUAGUUUUCUAUGUUCUCAGUAAAUGUGAUUCUUGCUGCUGUAAUAA